AUGGCCGCCGCAUUGGCGGCUGCGGGAUUGAUAGCACCGCGCGUCGCCCAUGCGACGGCGAUAGAGCCAACAGUGUCGGCAGCAGCCUGGGAAGGACGUCGAACGAAGGCCUCCAUCGCCCACCCCGGCCUCACGUCUCUGCAUUCCCGACUUGCUCUCGGGGGGGCCGAUCUAGUUAGGAUGUUGCUCGGGGAAAACGACACCCCCGAGUGCUCUUGGCGGGUCGGGGAGUGGAGUGACGUUGGCACAGCGCAGGGGUUACCGCACAACCGGGUGAACGUGCUGCGAAUCGACGGCCAGGAACGGCUCUGGGUUGGCAGUCGAGACGGAGGGCUGGCCGUCUUCGACGGAAGCUCCAGCGAGGCGUUCCUCCCCGCUUUCAGUCGCGUGAACGAUCUCCAGCUCAGCCCACGUGACCCGGACGCUCUCUGGCUCGCAACGGAUCUCGGCGCCGUCAAGGUUUCCAAGAGCUUGCUCUUCGCAAAGAACGCAGACGGCAGCCGAAUGUCGCCAAUCUUCCAGCACUUCACAGUCAACGACGGUCUUCCGUCCAGCAACGUCGAGGCAGUGUCGGUACGUCCGACGGACGGAACGGUCUGGUUCGCCACUGAGAAGGGGGUUGCGUGUCACAACCCACUGCUGGGCACGUGGCGGACCUUCUCCUCAUCGGACGGCUUACGACCGUCCACGUGUACGGCGAUCAAAGCGGACACGGCGGGCAACACGUGGGUGGGGCACAGGAGCGGCUUCUCUUGGAUUGCCGCUGACGGCAGCAUACGUCAGUUGGGCGCGUCUCAAGGCAUGUCCGACGUCGAGGUUCUGGACUUCGACACCGUAGAAGAUUUUCACACCGGCGAAACCACACUCUGGCUCGCCACGAGUUGUGGCGUGGGGCGUAUUGACAUCGGGGCGGACGCCUUGCCACGUGGCAAGGUGCAGUGGUUUGACAUGGGGAAGCGGAGGAGCGAGCGGGUUUUCACACUGACGCGGCACAGGGACGGGGUCCUGUGGGCCGGCAGCGAGUCAGGCGUGUCAUUCUUUGCCGGCGACGAUCUGGGCUUCGUCCGGCUCAAGGAGUCGCCGGAAGCGCUGCGAGAGGUCAGCAGCAUCGUGGGCAGCUCUACAGGACGGCUCUUCUUCGGCACUGCGAUCACUGAGUGCGGCUUCUUCUCAUGGAACCCGUACGAAAGUUGGACGCUCCGGCUCGCGGACAGUUCUUUCCCCGCGUUGGUCCACGUGGACAGCAGAAACGACGCCACGUGGUUGGCCGCCCGGACGUUCGGCGUCGUCGUCGUGCGUCCGGACGGGGCGAUCUCCCGGGUACUUCGUAUGGGCCAGGAAGUGCCCGGGAGACUGGUUUAUUGUAUCACCGAGUCACCUCAGGGCACCGUCUGGGUUGGAACCGACCAAGGGGCCGCCCACUAUUCCGUGAAGGACGGGAAGUUCCUCGCUCUAGAUUCGGACGCCAUCAGGGGGCACGCCGUCCGGAGCAUCUGUGCGGCAUCGAACGGCGUCGUAUGGUUCGGCACCAAGACCGGUGUAGUCGCCUGGGACGGCCGCGCCGCGACGCGGUUCACGACGGAACAGGGGCUGGUCAACAACAUCGUGCAGGCUGUGCAUGAAGACAAGCGCGCCGGCUGCAUUUGGGUGGGCACGGACAGCGGAAUCUCCCAGCUCCGUCCGCAGCCGGACGGUACGACGGCCGUCCGGAAUAUCACCGUCGCAGACGGGCUGCCUGACCCGGACGUGCACGCGCUGGUGAACGACGACAUCGGACGGCUGUGGGCGGGCACCCAAAUGGGCGUCGCGGUCAUCGACGGCGGCGCAGUGGUUCGGACGUUUACGCCUGCGGACGGCCUCCCGGGGAACGACGUCCGGUCACUGGGCGUCAACUCACGGGGGAUCAUCUGGGCGGGCUGCAACGGCGAGGGCGCCGGGGCGUACGACGGCCGGGUUUGGGUGAACACGCUCAAGCAGCACGACCGGUGGGAGAACCUAUCCAACCGGGUGGUCCACUCGGUCGGUCAUUUGGGCGACGGGACAGUGGUGCUGGGGCGCCCAGGGGGCCUUACGUUCCUCAGUUCUUGGUCUCUUCCGCGCCGCCGCAUCCGUUUCAAGCCCUCGGGCCAAGACGGAGUCAGCCCAGCAGGGGACCUGAGAGUUCGAAGGCUCCAGCUCGUAGAACUAGACAUCCGCCCGGUGGACCACGAACUGCCCGGUUGCAAUCCCGCUUACGCCUACCGGAUUCUGGUUCCGGGAGACCGGGAAGAAAAGUCCUGGGCACCUUUCCCGAGGGCCGACCCGUCUCGCCUCUCUCUCUCCUUUGAUCAGUGUGGACGUGCGUCCGUUGAGAUCGUGGGGGCGGACGUCCAUCACAAGUAUUUUGAGCCGCUGACCGUCCGAUUUGAGAUCAUCCCCCCAUGGCACGAGCGGAAGGACGUCCUCGCUCUAGUUGCGCUGCUGGUGGGCGGCAGCGCGGCCGCGGCGUGCUGGUACGCGGUGCGGUACUACCUGCAGGGGUGGGCGCACGCCAAGUCCAUGGAGGAGACAAACCGCCAGCUGGCAGAGGGCAAGCGCAAGGCCGACGACCUGCUUCUGAACAUCUUACCCGCGAAGGUCAUCGAGCAGCUGCAGACGCGCGGCCCGAGCGCGACGGACGUCUUCUCCAGCCUGCGCGAGUCGCGGCACCCGUGGAGCGCGCCGUCAAUCGCGGAAAGCUUCCACCGGGCGAGCAUCCUCUUUGUGGACAUCAAGAACUUCACCCGGUGGUCUGCGACCAUGGGCCCGGAAGAACUCGUCGGGAAGCUCUCCAUGAUCCAUGCUGUGUUCGAUAGCAUCGUGGGGCGGCACGGCGGAGAGAAAAUCAAGACCAUUGGGGACGGCUACAUGGCCGCGUGCGGGCUUCCGCGCGAGCGCUUAGACCACGCGCACGCGACGGUGCAAAUGGCGCUCGACUUGGCGUUCUCCAUUAAGCAGAUCAACCUCAUGCUGGGGUCCAGCAUCGACGCGCGAUUCGGUGUAAAUACGGGGCCGGUCGUGGCAGGGGUUACAGGAACACGGAAGUUCAUCUACGAUAUUUGGGGCGACACAGUCAAUACAUCCUCCGAAGCACUCCCUUGCCCCCUGGUCUGUUGA